AUGAAUCAUGAUCAAAUAAGUCCACUCUCUCCUUUUCUUUUCUUGAUUGUAGCUGAAGGUCUCACUGGCCUUAUGCAUAGUGCAGUGGACAGAAGCCUUUUUCAUGGUUACAAGGUUAGUAACAAUAUUUCUUUCCAUACUCUCCAAUUUGCUGAUGAUACUAUUUUUGUGGGAGAAGGUAAUUGGGAUAAUCUUUGGACUAUAAAAACUGUUUUGCGGAGUUUUGAGAUUGUGUCUGGUUUGAAAGUUAAUUUUUACAAGAGUAAGCUUUACGGAAUUAAUCUUGAGGACCAGUUUUUACGAGCUUCUUCUUCCUUCUUGCAUUGUGAAGUGGAGUCUAUUCCUUUUCGUUUUCUUGGUAUUCCGGUAGGAGCUAAUCCUAGAAGAAGAGCCACUUGGUUACCUAUUUUAGAAUCCAUGAAAAAAAGACUUUGUGUUUGGAACGGUCGUAACCUUUCUAUAGGAGGUAGGGUUACUCUCAUUAAUUCUGUUCUUUCAAGUCUACCUCUUUAUUUUUUUUCUUUCUACAAGGCACCGAUAUAUGGAUCUUUCACUACAAAUCUUUUGCAUGGAAAAGGGACGGAGGGGCUUAAACAUUCUUCAAUUUGGUGGCGAGACAUUUUGAAAUUGGGUGGCGGGGGGGAAGGUAAUUGGUUUGGUAAUAAUGUUAGUAUCGUACUCGGAGAUGGGAAAGACAUAAGUUUUUGGAAUGAAAGAUGGAUUGGAAUGGAGCCUUUUUGUGACUUGUAUCCCGCUUUGUUCGUAAAAACAGUUCAUCAAAAUGCCACUAUUUCGACCAUGGGGACAUAG